AUGAAAUCUCUCGCAGAGCGCAACGCCGCACUUCAGACAAAGUUGUACGAGCCUUCAACUGGUGUCACUGAGACCGUAUCGAAGGCAGAUGAGUGGUGGUACAAACACGUCCAACUGGACCCAACCAUGACUGAAUUCUACGAAGACGAUGGAAUCGAGAUUGACGACGCCUCGCUUCUCGUCGCCAUGACAACGAGCGGUCGGCUAAUUAGAAGCGGUGACAAUGGCCAUUUAACACAAGAACCCACUGUGGCGCGCAGCUUCGUUCAACUAUCAACGUUCCUCCCUGGUUCUUCCCAUGGCCCAUCGAGGGGUGACUACAGGUCCAACCAUGACCCGACUGGCACGGAUGUCGGACUAGCGACCGUCACUGUGUAG